UUUCUAAGCAAAGUUACGAGAACCUUUAAAUAUUGUAAUAUUUUAUGCAUAAUAAUGUAUACUAUCAUAACUUUCUCAAAAAUUAAAGUUUCGUAAACUCCCUGUAUUAAAAGACAGAUCAUAAGUCAUACCUUUAAGUUUAAUCAUAGCGUYAAUUCACUUUUUAAAAUCCAUCAUACUAAAUUGAAAAUGCUGAACUGAAAAUUUUCUAUAUCGUAGUUUAAAAUAGUAUAUCUCGAUCUAAUCGUUCUAAAGUCGGCGAAAUCCCUUACAAAAUUGUGAUCCACAAGUUGGAGCGACCAAAUCAAUACUCAGGCCAAUCGUUGUCAUGUCGCUAACAUUCCAAAUAUGUGGAAUUUUCGAAGCGGGUGCAAGGAGGCGACCACGACCAAACAGAGUGGCCACGGCGUUGACCAUUGUACUGGCAUUUGCCAGGCUGCAGCAACUCACCACGUGGUUCUGGUGCUACGCGGUCGCGGCCACGGUUAAUGGCACUCUGUUCAAAGCGGUCGGACCACCAUCGCUUGUCCGGCCGGCGUGGAUGGACGUCAGCGGAAACGUAACGUCAGUGGGCCGGGUGGACGUGUGUGUGUUGAACGCCUGCGARGCGUACGUGAGGAUGCGCGACGACCUGGCCAACGCAGUGCGGCCGAUCAACGACAAACUGCGUGGCGACGAUGGAGUUAACGGGUUGGGAGGUGUGGCCGGGGAUAGGAGUGCACAGCUAGAGGCCAGGCUACAGAGGUUGGACAGACGACUCCGGUCCGUCGAACAGCCCGUGUGGACAAUUACUUCCGGAGUCUCCCGGUGGAAGCGCUGCAAUCACGGGCCGUGCAAGUGCAGGACUGAAACGCGUUCGGUGAGCUGUUGGAGAAAGGACUUUGAAGAAAUUCCACCGGGCCAAACACUGCCGUUCGACGUCAGCGCAAUAGACCUGAGCACGAACAGUAUAGUGUCCCUGCACAAAGACACGUUUAAGGGACUGACGAACUUAACGGAACUGGACCUGACGGACAACGACAUCGACUUUGUGCCCACAGCCAUUUUCAACACACUGGAAAACCUCACAAAAUUGAGGUUUCAUCGGAAUCACUUGAUUGAAGUGCCAUUGUUGUUCAAAAGAAACACAAAAUUACAGAUAUUAGACAUGUCGAUGAACCAUAUAAAACAACUGCCGGAAACGUUAUUCCAAUCGACRAAAAACUUGGUGUUAUUGCAUCUGUACGGCAAUAAGAUUGAAGUAUUUCCAAAGUCGAUAUUCAAGGAUCUGRGCUUACUAGAAGACCUCGACUUGUCGGCGAACUCAUUGUUGGAGAUAUCGUCCGAUAUAUUCCGAGGCGUGUCGUCACUCAAGAGGUUGAAAUUGCAAGAAAAUCAACUACAGCAGCUCCCGUUAGGGGUGUUUGACGACGUCGAGUACUUGGAAGUCUUGUCGUUGAGAAACAACCGCAUAUCGUUCAUUCGUCCCGGACUGUUCAACAACAUGCGUAGAUUGGUGUAUCUUGACCUGACUGAAAACUGGAUAAAUUUACUUAACGGCAACGAGUUCACUGACUUGGUAGCCUUGAACGAGCUACAUCUCGGUCAAAAUUACUUGGAGUUCAUACCGGAACGGACGUUCAAGAAUUUGGCGUCGCUCGAAAAACUUUACCUCUUCUCAAACAACAUCCAACAGUUGGACGUCAGCAGCUUUUAUGGUUUAAAAAAUCUUUCGUCGCUGUUUCUCAACAACAACGUGAUAAAGAUUAUCGAUGACAGGCUUUUCGAACCGUUAAUGAAUCUUAGAAAAUUGCACAUCGAUAGCAAUAAAUUCCAAUUUCUACCAAACGACUGUUUCAAUCAUCUACCAAAGUUGGAAUCGUUGAAACUCUCAAAGAACCCGUGGCACUGCGAUUGCACAAUAUUAUACUUGGCUAGAUGGCUUCGGGCAAACCGGCAAAAAGUGUGGGACUCCAACCCAACGUGUCGUGGUCCAAGAGACUUGGGCGGAAAGCCCGUUGAAGACAUGACCUUUGAAGACUUGUGCGAUGGCCAAUGGGCGAGCAUGGUGAAGCUCACACCUCGCGUACCCAUUCGAUAAACGACGGCAAAUAUCGUUAUCGGUUAUCACAUAUUAAUAUUAUUAUAGUUAUACAUAAUAUAUAUAUAUAUAUAUUAAUAUUAUAUUGUUCUGAGUCGGAAACCGCGAUUGAUAACUUUUUCUCGACAAUCUACGUUUGAGUAUAUUAUAUUAUAUUGUAUAUUAUUAUAUUAUAUUAUUGCGGUGGUGUGCGUGACGCGUGUGCGGACGCGUAUUGUUUCUUUUGUUUUUAAUUGAUCGCACAGUUUAAUUGCGCGCAGAUAAGAAGGCGGCUGUUAUCUGGGAUAGGCACUGUGUAAUAAUUUUAA